CCAUUUCUGAUAGUAUUUGAGCCUUUUCCCUUGUUUUUAUGAGAAAAGAAUCAUAAGAUGAAGUGAAUCUUAAGAGAUCCAAGUAUUACUUUUGUCUUGGGAGGUUCAAUAAGUUCUUAUAACAGUUUAUGUUCAUGAUAUUCUUUCAGUUUUUGACAUGAAAGAGAAAAUACGAAAACAUUAAAAUCCCUUUCUUGUGAUCAAGGCAAACACCAGAUCCCUUUCUUCUUUGAGAUUCAUUAAGAAUCUAAUUAGUUUUUCCUAUAUAAUAAUGUUUCAUCAAAGAAAGCAAAGGACUCAAAGGAUUAUCAUUGGGAAAUCUUGGAUAAAACACCACAUCAAAAGCAAUGGAUCCGACCUUGUAUAAAGCUGCGAUGAGAGGCAAUAUCGGAGAUGCCAAUUUUCUACUUGCUGAUCAUCUGAAAAGGGAUGAAGAAAAUGGCUACCAAGUCACUCCAAAGGGUAACACGGUCCUUCAUGUCGCAGCCCUCUAUGGCCACUCCCAUUUCGCGGCAGAAGUCCUUAAGAUUACUCCGGCAAUGUUAUGCUGUCAAAACAAGAAAAACGAAACCGCUCUUCACAUAGCAGCUAACGAAGGGCACACUGAAGUAGUACUUGUGCUACUUGCACGUAUAGAAGAUCAUAAUAUCAAGGAGAAAUUCAUGAGGAUGAUGGAUGCUGGUGGCGAUACAGCGCUGCACAAGGCUGUGCGGAGCCAACAUCUAGAUAUGGUUAAGCUCUUGGUGAAAGAAGAUCCUGAAUUUGAAUUUCCGCCUAACCAUGCGCAGGAGACGCCACUGUAUCUGGCGGCUGAAUCUGGUUUUCAUGAUGCUUUGAUUAAUAUCUUGGAAUCCUGCAAGAAACCAACUUAUGCUGCAGGUCCAUCUAAUAGAACGCCGCUGCAUGCAGCAGUAAUUCAGGAACAUAGAGAUUGCAUUAGAUCACUAUGGCGAUGGAAUAAGCCUUUAUGCGAGGAACCUGACUUAUGGGGUUGGAAUUCACUGCAUUAUGCUGUUAAAUUAGGAUUGGAGGACGUAGUAUCUGAUAUGCUGCGGUGGAAAAAAUCCUUAGUGUACCUUCCGGCAGGCAGUGAAAAUGACUGGACGACAGCAAUUCACAUUGCAGCCAGUGAAGGUGACGUAAACAUGAUAAAUAAGCUAUUAUAUCACUGCCCUGAUUGUUGGGAUAUGCUUAACAGCAACAAUCAAAAUGCUCUUCAUGUUGCCGUAUUGAACAAUCAAGAUGAGGCAGUCUGCUUCUUAUUAGACUCUGAUGAGUGCGACAACCUUGUUGUUGAUCCAGAUAGCGACGGCAACACUCCUCUCCAUUUGCUUGCUGCCUCUGGUAACCAUGUUCCUGAAUUAAUAAACCAUCCUAGAGCAAAGAAGAUGUCAUUUAACAAACAAAACCAGACUCCACUUGAUAUAGCAUUGUCAUGCACAGCGACAACAAAGAAGGAAAAAUUGGUGGAAGAUUUGUUUAGCAUUGGCCGAUUUGGAAAACGUGACUUUGAGGUAAAGAGGAAGUACGAGUACAUGCCCAAUCCAAAUGCUGAAACGGAAACAGGAGGCAAAAUGCAACUCAAGGAAGAUGAUCACGAUAAAGCUAAAAAGGAAGAUCAAACAGAAGUCGAAAGUAUUAUGAAAGUAGCUCAAUUCCAUAUUGUCGUGGCCACUUUGAUAAUGACAGUCACUUUCGCCGCUGGCAUCACAUUGCCAGGAGGUUUUGAGAGUGACCCCGAUAGCCAUAAUCAAGGGAUGGCGAUUCUAACAAGGAAAACAGCAUUUCGUGCAUUUGCUGUUUCCGAUGCCAUUGCCUUCACAUUCUCAGCUGGUGCCAUAUUCAUCUACUUCCUCAUGGCAGCUCAAAGUAGAAUUCCUCAACGUGAAAAAAUUGUAUGGAAGUUUUAUAAUCUCGCAGCUAUUUGUCAGUGCUUGUCAAUGUUUGCAGUUGUAAUUGCAUUCGCAACUGGUAUGUUCGCUACUUUAUCACAUUCACUUGGUCUUGCUGUCUGUUUCAUAAGUAGCCUCACUAUUUUAUUGUAUAUCUUGGUUGUUACCUAUAUAGCAAGGAAUACUUGACUAUGAGAUUUUUCUGGAUAGUCUUUUGUUUAAUAGUUUCUUUUAAAUAUUACAAUGCUAUAGACCCAAUGUACCAUCACUAAAUAAUCCAUGGUACAACAACAACAAUAUACGCAGUUAAAACUCCGCAAGUGGAGUUUGGGGAGGAUAGAGUAUACAUAGCUAUUACCCGUACAUUGGAAGGCAGAGAGGUUCCCGAAUUUUUAUAGGCCUUCAGUGCAAAGAAAAACAAUUCAAAAAAGAAAUGUUAGAAGUGGAGAAGUCCUGACAAAAUACUUUUCCACUUAAGUAUAACGAUUUUGUCAGUUGCAGGGUUCAAACGUGUCACGUGCGCCUAAUUCACAAGUCUGUUCUUACCACUAGAUCGAAACCCUGGGUAAGACUAUGUUGCAUGGGUUUUUGACAUACGCGUUUUCAGUGUGACAUGGAUAUAGUUUCAAUGAUGGUUAAGGCGGUUAAGCUACGUGCACCUGUCUAAUUCUGGUUGUUUGGUCGCUCUUUUUAAUAGUCGAGAAUGUAAAUGGAAAACAUCCCUUGUGAAAGCCCCACGACCUGGUGGUCGGCGUAAUAAUAAUAACAA